AAAAAAAACAAUGAAAUAAAUUUAAUCAGUUGAAAUUGAUGUACCUUGUGAGCAGGUAUGGUGGUUUACAAGGAUUUUGGUGGAUUUUAUCAAAUGCCAACACUUAGGGUCUUUUAAAAUAAUUAAGUUUGAACUUUAAUUUUUCCUUGUACAUUUGCGGUGUAAAUUGAAUCUUUUGCAACCCUGCAGGUUUUGUCUCAUUUUAUCAUCCUCAACCACUUCACUCCACCAUUUUUACCCAGGAUGUCAACUAGAUCUUCACCACAUACACUGACCCAGCACCCAACAGUACCAGCCUGGUAACACACCUCAUAGUCCCCCAGUCACAGCAGCCAUCGGAGACGGACACAUCAUCCCCGGGGCUAUGAGCAGACUGAUGGGCAGCAGCCGCAGAUCGAGUACCAGUAUGCCUGCAUCAAUGAUCUGAGCCAGAGCACUGCCAAUGGGGAAGGUAAGAUGUUGUCCUUAUUGAGAUACCAGACGAAGGAAGCAAAGAGGAUUUGGAGGACGAGACUUGCUACACAGAGCACAACUUGUCGCUGCUGCUGCAGGAGAAGGAAAGUCUGGAGAAGACUCUUGAGGAGGAGCGGACCACGUGGGCCCAGACAGAGCACAGGAUGAAAGGCACUAUAGAAAGGCAUCGUACAAAGGUUGAGUAUUUGUCCAACACAAACAUGUCACUCAAGCAGCAGCUGUCCAUGAUUCACACGUCCAGUUUGAAACAUCUAACCAACGACAGCGAGAACCAGUCCAUUUUGCAAGAGUUACUGCAACACAUGUCUGAGGAGCACACCCAGCUGCUGCACCACCAUCUAGCACAGCUAUGGCUGUACGCUCAGGCCUGCGCAUUAUCCAAAUCAGCCCCCGAGGAAUCUGCAGCUAAAUCACAGUCUUGGUACCAGACCUGGCUGACCAAUCACAGGACAUCUCACACAUGGCCAUGAUGUCGUCCUCGGAGGGCACCCUUGGGAACAUGGAGCAGACAGUCGUCAUGACGAUAACGCCUGAGGAGGAUUCGGAGCCGUCGGCAACAUCGUGGAUAACCCCGGAGAUACUGUGGGACAUGACUCCUUGACUUUGGAUUAGGACGUUCACUUGUCACCAAAUGACAUUCUGUACCAACUGACAAGCGAGGGACUGUCACCAAGACAUGCCACCUCUGAGUCGGGUCACGUUUAUCAAUCAGGUAGAACUCAUUCACAUCACAACACAGGCUGUGAUGUCACGCAACAGGAUUUUCACAAGAACAAAAGUUGAAAAUUGGUUCUUUCCAACAGCAUGCCAAAAAUAUUCUGCCCCGAUGGCUUUGACAAAAGAACGUUUGAUGACAACAUGUCAAAUGAGGGACCACCAUUAAAAUGUGGGAGAACUAACAGCCUGAAAGCCACUUAACUAAAUAAAACCGGACAUAUUUUGUAAACAGUGUACACUCAGUGUUGUCCGAGGG